CCGUCUGGUCACAUUGUAUUACCCAAGAACAUAAUAUUUACUUAUUUAUAAUAGCUCUUACUUAUUUACAAUGGAGGGACUAAACGAUGACUGCGUGUGUAAUAUACUGGAGUUCCUGCCGCUCGUGGAGCAAAUCAAGAUGGCCAGGCUGGCGCCGCGGUUUGAAGAGCUCCUAUGCCUUAUUGUGUGGCGAAAGCCGCGCUACCGGAAGGUUUCCGUAUCCGAUUCCAUGCUGGAGCCGUUGAGUAAGGAGGACUACAUAUAUUUCUUCGAACUGACGAGCCCUGCAAUGGAGGAGCUGUACAUUUGGAACGUGCACAAGAAGGCCUUCGACUCGUACUUGGGUCGCCAUCUGAUGCGACCCGAAUUGUCCUUCUACCUGCGCCGGGACUACAGCAAUCUCCGCGAGCUCUGCAUUGCGGAUGAGAACAUGAACAAUAGCAUGAUAAGCACUAUUGCUAAGAGCUGUCGUCAGCUGCGUAGCCUGAGCGUUUCCAGUGCGUACAUCACGGGAAAGUACCUUACUGGACUCUCCAAUUUAGAGACCCUAGUGGCACCCGAAUGCUCCGUGGAGCUGCCCCUUCUCACAGAGUUGCUGGAACAAGUUCAUCUGAAGCAUCUGGACCUCACCUCAAAUCGGUAUCCCGUAGAGGCGACUAUUCUGCAGACGGAGGGAAGCAAACGACUAGAGCGACUUGGGCUAUCGGAUGCCGAAGAUUACGGCUUCCCACUGGCCGAUAGUCUGCCUCAACUAAACACGCUGGUGGUGAGCUACCACAAGGUAAGCACCCAGGAACAACUAGCCAUGCUGGAGACAACGCGCACGCGUGUGGAGCAAGCCUCAAGAAAAUAUCCCAAGCGCCUGCAAUCGAUCUUGUGCAAUGUGGUGGAUGUGGAGGUGGCCCUCGAGAAGAUUGCAGGCCUUCAAAAACGGCCUCCCAGGGACAACCCAAAGUUCAAUGAGCUUCUGAAGAUCAUGUACUUCUUGUCGAAUCCGCAGGCCGGAGAUAAGAAAUCACCUUGAGAUGGUCAUGGAUCUUCCUCGGAGCUGCCCCCCCACAUUUGCCCCUGUAAAUACAUAAAUAGGUACUUAGACGUCACCCAAGUGACAAGUGGAACUGAUAUGAUUAUCUGCUACUAGCUGCUCCCCAUGGUAAUUAUGUGUCUUCUCAGAUAAGGCUCGUGUUUGGUUUUUUUUUGUUUGUUUACCAAUAAUUUUUCGGCGCCAUGUACAAACACUUCUAUCGGUUUUGGAAUGUAUACCGAAAUUAUGUUUACGCUACCCUGGAAGAUGGCAUUAAACCUUACCACAGAUGCAAUAAUAA